AUGACCCAGUCAGAGGACGAGACAGGAGGGGACAGACAGCACAGGGUGGGAGCAGCUACCAACGGGUACCAGGACAGAGAGCACCUGUCAUACCCUCACCCGAUCACUAGGGCUGAGCGAGAGGAGGAGGAUGCUGCUGACACAGGUUAUGUGGUUCUCAGCGCUCUGCGCCGCGGCGCUUGCCCUUUCUCCCCUCCCCCGCAUGGCACAGGCUGCCCCUCCAUCGUCUCCCGCUCCCAGUGGGGGGCCCGGGCCCCAACAAACAGGGCCUCAUUGAAGACCCCGGUGUCCUACGUCGUCAUCCACCACACGGAAGGGAGCUCCUGCACCUCACAGGCCUCCUGCAGCCAGGUGGUCAGGGGCAUCCAGAACUACCACAUGAACUCAAAUGGCUGGGCCGACAUCGGCUACAACUUCCUGAUCGGCGAGGACGGCAGAGUCUACGAGGGCAGAGGCUGGAGCACCGUGGGGGCCCACGCCACAAGCUGGAACCAUAAGUCGCUGGGAUUCAGCUUCCUGGGCACCUUCUCCAGCAGAGUCCCCAACGCUGCCGCCCUGAACGCCGCCAAGAGCCUGAUCCAAUGCGCCGUCAACAGGGGCUCCCUAAGCAGCAGCUACAUCCUGAAGGGGCAUCGCAACGUGGGCCAGACCGACUGCCCCGGGAACGCCCUCUACAAGGAAAUCACCCGGUGGCCCAGGUUCAAAGGCUCUGCCCGGCCGGAGGACGAGCUUGGCAGGGAGCAGAGAGCAGCUCCCUUGAAAGGUGCCAGCGGAGGGCUGAGCGAGAGGAGGAGGAUGCUGCUGACACAGGUUAUGUGGUUCUCAGCGCUCUGCGCCGCGGCGCUCGGCUGUCCCACCAUCGUCUCCCGCUCCCAGUGGGGGGCCCGGCCCCCGACAAGCACGGUCCCACUGAGCAUCCCAGUGCCCUACGUCAUCAUCUACCACACGGCAGGGAGCUCCUGCACCUCACAGGCCUCCUGCAGCCAGCUGGUCAGGGGCAUCCAGAGCUACCACAUGGACUCAAACGGCUGGGCCGACAUCGGCUACAACUUCCUGAUCGGCGAGGACGGCAGAGUCUACGAGGGCAGAGGCUGGAGAACGAGGGGGACCCACACCUCCGGCUGGAACGAUAUAUCGCUGGGAUUCAGCUUCCUGGGCACCUUCUCCAGCAGAGUCCCCAACACUGCCGCCCUGAACGCCGCCCAGGACCUGAUCCAAUGCGCCGUCAACAGGGGCUCCCUAAGCAGCAGCUACAUCCUGAAGGGGCAUCGCAAUGUGAAGGCAACCGAAUCCCCCGGGGAGGCCCUCUACAAUGUCAUCACCCGGUGGCCCAGGUUCCAAGCCUGAGUCCCUGCAGCCCCUGCACCCACCGCUGACCCUGCUCGAGCUGCACCUCCGCCCCCCAGCAGGGGGCAGCCUCGCGCUUCUCGCCCACCUGCUGCCUCCUGGGGCCCAGAGAGCAGGGAUCUGAGAGUUGGGGUUACGCUGUCGUCUCCCCGUGGGCUCGGCUGCCCUCUUGCCCAGGGGGCUCAGAUUUCUAAUGGCGCCUGGGAGCCACCUGCCUCCCCCAGGCUGCUUCCUUCGGCAGACGCCAGGCCUAGCCCCUGGCUCCUGCCCGGCCCUGGCACGUCGGCUCAGCCCGGUUCCACACACAGCCAGGCCCAGGGUCUUACAGCACCCAGGGGAUGGGGCCAAUCCAGAGCCGAGCUCCGCAGCGAUGGCCCUGCCAAUCCCUGGGCAGCUCAGGGAAUGUCGCCUCCAUUCCCGUGUUAAACCUCUGAGCAAUUCUCAGUUCCAGAGUCAAAUCCUCCUCUGCCCCCAGCCCCGCUGAAAUCUGCAGCGAAACUUCCCUCUGGAAUCCCCCAGAAAUUGGUCGCUAUUUACCCACCCCUACAAAGGGAACCCAAGUGUCCCCGAGCCCUGACCCUCAGCUCUGCCUGGCCCCGCAGGGUCUG